AUGGAGACGUACAAGGGAACGCUUGUCCAUUCUGCCGUCUUCCCUGGCUCGGGGCUCGCUACGAAGGGGAAAAGGGUUGCAGUCAUAGGCAAUGGAGCUACCGGCGUUCAGAUCGUCCAAGAGCUCGCCAAGACAGAUUGCGAUCUCAGCGUGUACGUACGCACGCCCAAUAUCGCAUUGCCCAUGCAUCAACGACCCCUAUCAGCUCAAGAGCAAGAGAACACGAAGCAAUUCUAUGAAUCGCUCUUCAACGUCGCAAAACAGCACCGGUCUGGUUUCCCUUACAACUCACCUGCGACUUCUUUCUGGGACGCAAGUCAAGAGCAGCGAGAGGCUUACUGGGAGGAGCUCUGGGGACGAGGGGGUUUCUCCUUCCUCAUUAGCAAUUAUCGCGAGUUCUUGAUGGACAAAGAAGCAAAUAUGCUGAUGUAUGCAUUCUGGGUUCGUAAAACGAGGGAGAGGAUCUCGGACAAGAAGAAAGCGGAUAUCCUUGCUCCCGUGCAGCAGAAGCAGUGGAUCGGGACGAAACGGCCGAGUCUGGAGCAGGAUUACUACGAAGCAAUUGAUCGGGAAAAUGUCACGCUGCUGGAUCUAAAUCAGGCUGGUGUGGAGAGGUUCGAUGAGAGCGGGAUAGUGAAGAAUGAUGGUGUGAAGAGGGAACACGAUAUCGUUAUCCUGGCGACGGGUUAUGAUAGCAUGACGGGUAGUUUGAUGGAUCUGAAAAUCAGGGAUGCGAGGGGUGUGGAGUUGCAGCAGAAGUGGAAGGAUGGCGUGUACACGUACCUUGGUCUUAUGAUCCCGGAUAUGCCAAAUGUUUUUAUGGUUUAUAGUCCGCAAGCACCGACAGCGUUGUCUAACGGCCCUCCGAUCAUUGAGAUUCAGGUUGACUGGAUCGCGGAGGCGAUAAGCAAGAUGAGAGAGGACGGUGUGGUGGCUGUGACGCCGAGGUGGGAGGCGGCGAAGAAGUGGAGGCAGGAUAUUCAGAAUAUGAACGAGAAGACACUAUACCCGCUGGCGAAUAGUUGGUAUAUGGGGGCGAACAUCCCGGGGAAAGUUAGAGAGCAGCUUGUUUACAUUGGGGGUGUGGAUUUGUAUGAACGGACUGCGAGGGAGGCAUUGAGGACGUGGGAUGGUUUCGAUACACUGAAAGCUCGAUAG